UGUCCCCUCCCUUUGCCCUAGAGCCGAGGCCUUGUCUGGGCCCUGCAUUGAGCUGGCUUUCUGCCGAUGGCUCCGGAGGUGUCCACGCUGCGGGCCGGGGCCCGAGCUGGGGCCGGGGCCAGGUCGCUCCCCCAGCGGGCGCUGAAGCAGUAUUUGCUGCUGUUGCGCCUCUACCCGGUGCUCACCAAGGCGGCCACCAGUGGGAUUCUGUCAGCAUUUGGGAACUUCCUGUCCCAGAUCAUUGAGAGAGUCCGGAAAAAGGGAAGAUGGUUUCAAAAUUUGGACCUCAGAGGGCCUCUCAGAUAUGCUAUUUUUGGCUUCUUCUUCUCAGGGCCUCUCAGUCACUACUUCUACCUGUACCUGGACCACUGGAUCCCUGCUGCUGUCUCCUUUUCAGGAGUCAAGAGGCUCCUAGUGGACCGGCUUGUUUUUGGCCCAGCCUUCCUGUUCUUCUUCUUCUUCUGCAUGAACCUUCUUGAGGGAAAAGACAUGGCAGCCUUCUUUGCAAAGGUGAAAACAGGUUACUGGUCUGCUCUACAAAUGAACUGGAAAGUAUGGACUCCAAUUCAGUUUAUUAACAUUAACUAUAUCCCUCUACAGUUCCGGGUGCUGUUUGCCAACAUAGUGGCUCUCUUCUGGUAUACCUACUUGGCUUCUCUUGGGAAGUGAAGAUGGCUCGGAAAACACAGCGGGUUUCUGACAGAACCUUGGCCUGGAGGGCCUGGGGACAGGCCGUGGCUCAUCCUGACAGGGUUUACUGUUGAAUUGCCUUCCAAGGGCUUCAUCGAAGUAUUAAUGACUAUAUAUGAUUCCACAUGAUCCAGAAAUAUGGGUGUGACAAUCAAAAUCGGUUGACAUGGAACCUUGUGCCCAAGAUAGGCAAUGGGUCUUUUUGAAUGGGUGCUAUUCUUUAAAUGGAAAUUUUAGCAUUCUAAGAAUCAUCAGUGUUCAGGAGUAAAUUUGGGAUAAAUCUAAAUUAAAAUAAACUCUAAUAUCACUUCA